AUUUUUUAAAAAAAACAUAAAAACUUAUUCUGUCUCCUGUGUUAAUGGGUUUAUUUUGUUCUAGAAUACUAGGAGUACUUUGCACCAGGUAGAGACAAAAAGUUGCUAACUGGUUACAAUAGGUAAAAAAUGUAGCCCCCCUAUAAACAAACUGAAAAACCUUUAUAACACUGCCCGUAAAACCCUUACAACAAUGACCUCCUGUAACACUAAACGAGUACGUCUUAUAGGUUUAGCCAGCCAUAUAUAAGAUUUUAUGCAAGAGAUUUAGGAGUUUAAUCCUAAAAUAUAUUGAUCUAUAUAUCUAGCAAAAGAGAAAAGAAUUUUUUUUUUUUUUUUUUAUGGUAAAAAAUUCAAUGAAAAAAAAAAUUGAGUAUAUAUAAAUGUUUGAUUUAAAAAAUAAAAAAAUAAAAAAUUGCUUUAAUUAUAUAAAUCUUCUUAAUCUAACUUUUUAUACUCUGUACAAGUUUUAUCAAUUUCCAAAAAAAAAAUAAAAUAAAAAAAUAAUCAAGAGCAUAAAGAGUCACAUUAUAAGCUUAUGAAAUUAUCUUGGGUAAUGGCUUCAAAAAAAAAAAAAAAGUAAUUUUGGAUAUCUAUGAUCAAAUCACAUCAUGAGCCGUAAACUUGUUAAAAUUUAAUCCCUCUUAAAUUACUAAAAUAACCCCUAACCCAACAAAACGUUUCUAUAUAAUCAUCCGCGCUCUAUGCUUGUGUCAUAACUAACAUUCAAUCAAAUCAAAGAAACCCGAAAUUAAUUUCUCUCCUUUCUUCCAAUUUUCUCAAUUAAUGGCCUUCUUCAAUCGAAUCAAUCAAAUAAAUACUCAAUCAAAAAACAGGAUGAAGAAACAUUGCGAGAAGAUGACACCAAAUAUUUCCUUCAGCGGCGAAGAGGGAUUCGGGAGGUAUUUAGAUUUGAAUGAAAUUUAUAACAUGUGUAUGAAUUCUAAAUUUGGUUUGUACUUUACUUCCUAUGCUGAUUAUAUUGAUAAAUUUCCUGCGAUUGAUUUGAUUCCUGCAAAAUACAAGACUACUAUACGGUACAAGGAGUACAUCGAGGGUGUUCUUAAGUACUUGAUUUCGUUCUUGGAACGAGCAAAGCCUUUGAUGUUCUUGGACAGGAUCAAGAAUCUUGAGUCUGAAUUCGAGGAGAGCUGGACGGCUGAUAGAGGGAAAAAACGGCCUAGGACGACGAGUAUCGAUGAUGUGAUCGAGUGGCUCGAUGAAUAUAGCACUGUCGAGAGUCUAAUUGAGUUAGGACCGAUGAAACUUAACGAGGCGUUAAACGCCUUGGGGCUUAAGUCAGGGGGUACUAUGCACCAAAGGGCGGAGAGGCUUCUCCUUGUAAAGAAUACCCCUCUCGAAAGGCAGAAGGAAAAAGGCGAUGAUGAACUUGAUUGUGAUAAGGAAAUCGCGCUCAUUGAAGCGAAAGUGAAGAAGUUGUGUCUCAUUCUGAAAGAGACUCUUGAGCAGACUAGGGAACGCGUUAAGAACAGGCAGGGGAUGACUUAUGAUGAACUCCUUCGUGAUCGUGAAGCUGAUAAUGAGAUAGUUGCACUCGACAUAGCAAGCGAUGGAGAAGAGGACGACAAAAGAAACAAUAAUCCGCUCAAGUUGCCACUAGGUUCGGAUGGGAAGCCUAUACCGUACUGGCUCUACAAGCUACACGGUCUUCACCAAGAAUUCAAGUGUGAAAUAUGUGGGGACUACACCUACAAGGGGCGAAGGGCCUUUGAAAAGCACUUCCAUGAAGCGCGUCACCAACAUGGUAUGCAUUGCUUGGGUAUCCCUAACACCAAGACCUUUCAUGAGAUCACGCAAAUCGAGGAUGCGAAGGAGUUAUGGUGGCAGAUUCAACUAAGGCAGCAGUCUUUUCUAUGGCAGCCUGAUGUUGAGGAAUAUGAAGAUGCCGAGGGUAACGUUUACAACAAGAAGACCUACGAUGAUCUGGUUAGGCAGGGUAUAAUAUAG